GCAGAAUGCGCCACCGAGAUCCAUUUUUGCUCAUUUUUGCCGCGCCCGGCGGGGCCAUGGAGCUGGCUCUGGCGGAGGCCACACAGAAUGGGGAUGCCCAGGAGGUGUCCCGGCUCCUAGAGAGCGGUGCAAAUCCAAAUGUCCCGGACGAGCUGGGCGAGCCCCCCAUCUUCGAAGCGGUCGCCUGUGGCAGCGCCAAGAUCCUGACGCUGCUGCUCCUGGCCAAAGCGGACCCAAGGUUCCAGUCCCCGCAGGGCCUCACAGCGCGGCAGAUGGCGGACCAACCGCUGCAGCUGCUCCUGGACCUGUUCUGUGGUGAGGCAAAAAUUGCCGACCUGGGCUCCUUAGACCUGCCAGCACCACUCCUUCGUCGCUUGAAAUCUGCGCUGGAGCCGGUAAAAGCUCAAGCCGAAGUCGAAGAGGCUGAAGCGUUUGCGCCGAGAGAAGAUGAAGAGGAGCCAGAGGUGGCGGCCAAAGAAGCACCCGAAAAAGCCUCAGUGGCGAUGCCAGCAGCACUGCUAGAGGUGCCGGAAGAAGCAGCCUGGCCAGAAGUGUCGGCAGAAGAGUCGGAAGCGCCGGCAGAAGUGCCGACAGCAGCACCAGUAGAAGACCUGGAAGCGAUGGCAGCAUCGGUAGAAGAGCCAGAAGAAACAAAGGUUGCAGAAGCAGCAGCUUUUGCUGAAGCAGCUGCACUGUCAUCGCCAGAAGCAGCGCCGCCAGAAGCAAUGCCGCUACAUGUGGCGGCAGCACCCAGAGAAGCGGUUCCCCCCGCGGCCGCCCUUCCGCCUGUGGUGCUUUCGGAGCGCGGAAAGGAGGGUUCUACGCCCGCGAGCUCUUCCGCGAUGCCGGGCACGACCAAAGCCUCGGGUGCCAGGCACGUGGUGCUCCACUCGCCGCUGGUGGCGCUGAGGCAGCGGCCCUGCUUCCGCAGCCCCAAGCUGCGGAGCCUGCGGCCUGGGGAGGAGGUGCUGCUCGCAGAGUGGGACGCCACCCGCGUGUGGCGGCGCUUGGCACAAGAGGAGGCCUGGGUGCCUGUGAAGCACCCCAGCCUGGGCUGCCUGCUCAGACCUGAGGCGGGCGGCAACUCGGUGCCGGAAAUGGCGCCGGUGCCGCUGCCGGCGCUGCAGAUGUCGGUGGCAGAGGCAUGGCGACAGCUCUACGAGGGGGGCGUGCUGAACAUCCCGCCGCCCAAGGACACGGCCUCGCCCUCCUCGCCGUCUCUGGCAGCCCAGGCCCUGAUGGAGGCUGCCACCAUGGGCCGCGCUGCCACUCCGGAGGGCGAGAAAGCGCUGGCAGCCCUGGAUGUGGCCACGGUGGAGUACGUGAUGAGCGCCGCCCUGCGCCACCUCAGCUGAUCUCGCACCAAUCCGCUCCGCUUCUCCGAGCCCCAGAGGAGAAAACACGAGGGGAAAGCGAGGGGAAAAAAAACGGGCGGAGCCGGUGGUUUUGGUGUUGCUCGGGGAGAAAAAAACGGGCGAAGUAGUUCUUUAGGUCAGGUGCAAGUGGGGCUGCCAUGAUUCGUUCAUCCUUCUUUUCCGGGCCGCGUGUUUUGUUUUUUUGGUGUUUCCUUCUUGUGUUUGUUCUUCUUUGUUUUGUUUUUUCUUCGGAGUGAUGUUCUUUGCUUGGCACUUGGGGUAACUUGACUGUUCGCGCAACAGCAGGCACAUGCACUUGGAGUGCUGAGCCAGAGCACUUAAGCAGCAAGGACAGUUUGUCUGGACAAUACGUUAGAUGCCCCGACUGCAUGUGGAGUCCA